CCACAGCGGGGCAUAUCGCGGGCGGUCGAGGUCGAGGUCCCCAGGAGAGACAUUUUCACUUUCAGCAGACCUUCUCCCUGCAUUUCGCUCGUUGAAUUGAGUGAACUGUAUAUUGAUAUUUUGCGAAUCGCUCACAUAUACCCAUUUUGCACUCGCUGAUUUUCCUCAAAUUCACAGUUCUGCGAACCAAACUUCCAGGUUCCUUUGGCCGCCAUGGCAACCCUCCAGGCGAUCAAGUAUUCGCGGGGCAAGCUGUUAGUGCUGGAUCAGCUCAGACUGCCCCACGAACACCACUACGAUGAGGUGUCGACGGCCGAAGAAGCCUUUGACUGCAUCCGGUCCAUGCGAGUAAGGGGGGCGCCGGCGAUCGCCAUCGUGGCCGCUCUGGCGCAUGCGGUGGAGUUGCACAACGGGAGCUGCACCGCAACGACGCCCGAAGACACCAUCGCCUACAUCGAGUCGCGGCUGGACUUCCUCAAGGAGAGCCGGCCGACCGCCGUCGACCUCUCCAAUGCCAUCGCGCUGCUCAAGCUGGCUGCGCGGGCCGCCAAGCUCGAGGGGCUGGCGCACCCCGAGGCCAAGGAAGCCAUCCUGAACUCGUACAUCGAGGCGGCCGAGAACAUCCUCGCCAAGGAUCUCGAGAACAACACGUCGAUCGGCUCGUUCGGCGCCGCCUGGCUGCAGCAGCAGUUCGACGCCUCGCCGGACCGCCGCAUCUCAGUGCUCACGCACUGCAACACGGGCUCGCUGGCCACGUCGGGCCACGGCACCGCGCUCGGCAUCAUCCGCACGCUGCACGCCCGGGGCCUGCUCCGGCACGCCUACUGCACCGAGACGCGGCCGUACAACCAGGGCAGCCGGCUGACCUCGUUCGAGCUGGUCUUCGAGGGCAUCCCGGCGACGCUGGUCACCGACAGCAUGGCGGGCGCGCUGUUCGCGCAGCACCGCGAGCGCAUGAACAUCGGCGCCGUCAUCGUCGGCGCCGACCGCGUCGUGCGCAACGGCGACACCGCCAACAAGAUCGGCACCUACGCGCUGGCCGUGCUGGCGCGGCACCACGGCAUCAAGUUCGUCGUGGCCGCCCCGACGACGAGCAUCGACCUCGACACCGAGACGGGCGCCGGCAUCAAGAUCGAGGAGCGCAAGCCCGAGGAGCUGACGCAGAUCAGCGGCGCCGUCGUCAACGCCGACGGGAGCAUCGAUCCGAGCAGGACCGCCAGGGUCGCCAUUGCCGACCAGCGGAUCGCGGUGUGGAACCCGGCCUUUGAUGUCACGCCUCACGCGCUGAUCGACGCCAUCGUGACCGAGCGGGGCACCGUCGUGAAGGGGGCGGACGGCAGGUUCGACUUUAGCCAGGUGCUGCCCGAGAGGUGGCGCUGGUAGGAUAUGUCGAUUCCAGACGAGAAGGGAAGGAUGCGGGAUAGAUUGCGGCUUGUCUUUAGUAUAGAUUUUAGACAAGGGAAUACUCGUACAUUUCUGGUCACCUACCACUCACCCAGCUCUUGGUUGCGAUCCCGUCCCGAGCCAAUAAGUAGUGCAACAACACCGGUUUGCUUGAGGCUCC